CGAUACAAAUUGCCAUAUCGCUAGUGUAUAACUAGUUUAUGCAGAAUUCAGAGCAUAUCAGUAAACAAUGACGUUAUCGGGACCGGGAUUAGCGCUUUGUUCAUUAUUCACGCUAUAUUUUGGUGGUUCACCAGUAAUUUAUUCGCCUGCACCUCGAGGUGAUUGCCAUAAUUGUUGCCCAAUCCGGGAGCCAAGAGACAUCAAAUUUAUGCUAUACACAAGAUCAAAUCCGAUAAACGCCGACGUACUGUAUAUGUCCGAUAAAACGCGGUUGGAAUCUUCACACUUCAAUAAAUCAAAUGCAUUAAUCGUUUACUUGCACGGAUUUUCGGAACGUGUGCCGGGCGGCCAGGGACAAAGCAGUCAAGAGAUACGCGAUGCAUUCCUGAAAGCAAAUGACUACAAUAUUUUGCUAGUGGAUUGGAGCCCUAUUACUGCUUUACCAUGGUAUUGGAACUCUCUGCAGAAUGUACCGCGUGUGGGGCGUUAUUUGGCGCGUUUCAUUAAAUUUCUCAAUGAAAAUGGAGUCGAUAUGCAUCGUGUUCAUGUGAUUGGUUUCAGUUUAGGGGCUGAAGUGGCUGGAUUCGCUGGAAAAGCGCUCAAAGAAUGGAAGAUUAGUCUACCAAGAAUAACAGGUUUAGAUCCGGCAUUCCCGCUCUAUCAAUUUAUAAAUCCAUCGACUCGACUAUCGGCUGAAUCCGCUGAUUUUGUGGACAUUAUCCACACGGAUGGUGGUGUAUUGGGUUAUCCAUGGCCAAUGGGACACGCCGAUUGGUAUCCAAACCAAGGUAUUCCAUUGCAACCGGGCUGUGCCAAGCAGGAAUUGUCAAAAAAUCGAUGGUAUAGCAUUGUGGUUGGCUGCAGUCAUCAGAGGGCUUGGGAGUAUUUUAUUGAAUCGAUACAACGGCCAAAAGCUUUUUUGGCAACACACUGUGAACCAAAGUCGUUGCUGGCAACAAAAAAUCAAACUGAAAUAAACUGUGAUAAAAAAAUUUCAGCUUAUAUGGGUUACAAUGCAGAUAGAAGGUUACGGGGUAAAUUCUAUUUGUUGACGAAUAGUGAACCGCCAUUUGGUAAAAAUAACUAGUGCCACCGUAAAAGAUUCGCCACUUUGGAUAUAAGAUCAUCAAUCAAAUGUCAUGCAAAUUCAUUGGAUGACACGACAGUUCAAAUCCGUCCUCCCCUUCGCCUCAAACUGAAAUAUACGUACACUCGCACUUCGCAAAAUUUCGGCAGCGACAGAACGAGAGAGGAAAUGGUCUCUGUGUGUAUAUGCCUAUUGUAUUACCGUGUCGAGGUGACAAUUUUCUAGUUUGAAGAUUAGUUCCUGAUGUAUUCCAGCCCCCCAUUGUCAUUCAUUGACGGUGUGUAUGCGUUGCGCGUUUGUAUAUAUUUUUGUGUUUUGCAACCAAACCAUUACAAAAGCAUGAAAUAAAGAAGAAGAAAAAACAAUCAAAUUAACGAUCGUGAAAUAAAUCAAAAUGAUUAGCACGUUUUGUUUUGAAAUCCGUUGUUUGGCAGUUGCUGAACGGAGAGAUAACGCCCAAAGUUAUGCUAAGAUUUCAUUCUUCCAAGUUGAAACAAAGUGUUAGUCAUAGUCGAAGCGUUGUAUUCACGUCUC